CCCACCGCGCGGUUUGCAAAAGUUUCCCCUCCAUUCGUAUAGAAGUUUAGGCAUACCAAAAUGAAUGAUAGCUAUGACAGCUUAUUUAAAAUUUUAUUAAUUGGAGACAGUGGCGUUGGGAAGUCUUGUUUGCUCCUUCGUUUUGCCGAUGAUACCUACACGGACAGUUACAUCAGCACAAUCGGGGUUGACUUUAAAAUAAAGACGAUCGAAAUUGAGGACAAAAUUAUAAAACUGCAAAUAUGGGACACAGCGGGACAGGAGCGCUUCAGAACGAUAACGUCUUCCUAUUACCGGGGGGCGCAAGGCAUCAUCAUCGUGUACGACGUGACCGACCGAGACAGCUUCAAUAACGUGAAAAAUUGGAUAAUAGAAAUAGAGAAGUAUGCCUCGGAGGACGUGCAGAAGGUCCUCAUAGGAAACAAAAUCGAUUUAAAAAACGAUCGGAAUGUGAGUUACGAAGAAGGGAAGGAGCUGGCGGACAGCUGCAACAUUCAGUUUUUGGAAACUUCGGCCAAAAUAGCCCACAACGUGGAGCAGGCCUUUAAGACCAUGGCGCACGAAAUAAAAAAUAAGUCGCAGCUGGAGAAUCAGCAGAAGGGACGGGUCAACAUCAAUUUGAACGCCAAGCCGAUAAAGGAUAACAAAAAGAAGUGCUGCUGAGGGGGCGCCAUGCGAGGGUGCAGUACGCGCUGUGUAGUACGCGGUGUGCAAUACGCGGUGUGUAGUGUGUAGAGUGCGGUGUGUAGUGCGCGGUGCACAGUAUGCUGCGUGCGCGCGAGUCGGGUGGGUUCCAGCUGGGAUGACAAAGUGGAGGUGCAAAAGGGACGGGUCACAGCGCAGGUGCUCACUGGGCGGGUUAACACCCAAGUGUGAAGUCGUCGCAGCGUCGUCACGGCUUCGUCGCGGUUUCGUCGCGGUUUCGUCGCGCCUUCCGUCUUCGCUUCGCCUGCUUGGACCACUUCGCCUACUUCGCCUGGUUGUGCCGCUUUUCCGCUGCUUUUCCUCGCCCCUUUUUUUCCAAGUCAUGUGCCGAGUCGACCCCAUGGCCCCUCCUCUUCACGUUUGCAAAAGAUUUUUAUAUGUUUUAAAAAAAUGGCGCUCGGCAGGAGCGAAUAUACGCCGAUGCGACGCUAUGCAGGGAUGCGCGUCCACGCAUGUGCCUGUGAGAUGGGCCCAAGGUUGUACACACGCAAGUGCCCUCGUACAUAGCCAUUCGGGCGCCUGCACGUGCUCAAGUGCAGUAAUGAUGAGGAUAGUUUUUUUUUUUUUUUUUAACCUAAUGAUUUACUAAUUUAAAAUUUUUGUUCAUCAGUAAUUUUUUUUUGCAUCGCCCCUGCCCCUUUACUUUAUGUUUUAUCUUCACCAUUUUAUUUUUUCUUUUUCUUUUUAUUUUAUUUAUUUUUUUUUUUCUUUAUUUUAUUCCCUUUUGCCUAAUAAGCUUUUCAUUUUCCCCUGUCUGGGUACUCUCCACGCUGUAUUUAUUUGUGCCAUUCGUUCUUUGUUCACCUGCAUGUGGGCCCACACACGGGCAACCCACGGGCUUGCUCAUUUUUGUGUGCACUCCUGUGCCCGGGCGCACCUGGGCAGUGCGGGGGGUACAACUCAUGUGCAUAUCGCUGCACGGACUAAUUAUGUUUCCCAAAUUUUUUUGCGUUUG